CCCUGCCGCCAUAAAAGAGUGAUUUUCCUUCUGCGUAACAAUUCACCAGCCUUGAAUAGCUUCCGAAAAAAUCUGAUAUCUUUUCGAGUUACCGCGAAUCUUCCGACCAUCCAUAGUGACGAUCAGGUUCCUGUUCAGUGAAUUUCUGUCUGCGAAGCAAAUUUGCAAUCAAUUGAUCGUCGUCGUUCGUCACAGCAAACUAAUUUGUAUCAAUUGAAUUGCGACAUUGGCACAUUCGGUGUGCUGUGCUGUGGUUUGUGCUCUCAUAACGUCGUCAUCCCGCAGAUCCAUUCUACGAAGUGUUGUGGGGUGGUGUGGGUGUCUCUCGCUGGUUGGUUGGGGUGACAAAUCGGUCUUUCGAAUCUUUUCUGCCAAGAGAAUACAGUAGAAUAUCUAGCGAGCAUCAGCGCAGUUAGUGUCGUCGCGAAUUCCUCAGUGGAUAAGCGUUGUGUAAUUAGUCUAUUUGCAUUUUCACGUGAUCGCAUUUUCCAAAAGUAGCGUAUUUGUAUGUGGUAGUUAGAAACAGAAUGGAUCAUCUUCAGAUAUCCACCGAUCCCACACUGCUGGGAGCGGAUCUGCCAGAAUCUUUGACAACGUCGCCAUCGGUAUCGACCUUCCUGCCGGAAGAAGACGCAUCCACAUGUUUGCUGCUGCCGGGAACUCCCAGCCCUCCCUUGGAUUUCACCCACCCGCUGACUCCCAGCAUGGGUAAUGUGGAAAAUUGUGAAAAUGUCGCAGGAGACGAUCCAGCUGCAGAGACUAGCUCAUCUGGCAGUUCGGGCAUUGGCAUGGUGGGAGGCUGCACCAGUGGUGCAGGCAAUCUGUUCAACAAUCACAACGAAUAUCAGCAUUUACGAAAGAAGAGCGACGGCAAGAUGCAGGAAAAUGGGAUGGCAAACGGGACGAUGAACAUUGCCCUUACCAAGGAUAUGCCAAGUUUUGUGCACUGGGAUUGGCCGUUGAUUCGGAAGUGUACGUUUUUCGUGUUUCUGGCCGGCAUCAUCGCCAUGGUGGCCAUUGUGGUGACCAUGAUUGCAACGCUGCCGAAGUCUUGCAACCCUUCAGUGCCCUGGUUCAAGGGCUCCGUUUUCUAUGAGGUUUUUCCAGCCAGCUUCCAGGACACCAACGACGAUGGUUUGGGAGAUAUCCGAGGAUUGAUCAGCCGGGCUGACUACUUUGAGAGUCUGGGCGUCGGAGCAGUCCGUUUGAAUUCAAUUUUCCCCUCGACGCACUAUCCGGACCGGUUCCAGGAGGUGACAUCGCUGACGGCCAUCGAUGAGGUGCUGGGAAAGGUGGAAGACUUGCAAAAACUGGCAGCCAUCCUGCACGAGAAGAACAUAUCGCUGAUCUUGGAUUUGCCUAUCUAUCCGUUCGUGACUCAUUUGAAUCCUCCAACUCUGGACAUAGAUCAUUUGCCGAACAGAACUUCCGAUGACACCCCGACGAGUGAAUUUUUACGGCUGGCCAGAUCGAUAAAAGCGGGAGAGGAGAAUGUGAUCACUAGUGUUUUGAUGUUCUGGUUAGCAAAGGGUGGAGUGGAUGGAUUUUAUAUCAAGGGUUUGGAGCAAUUUUCUGAAGAUCCUUUGCUACUGGAGAAUAUCAAAGAGUGGAAGUAUACUCUGGGAGGAGACAGAGUAUUGAUGGUCAGCAAAAGUUUCAUCGAUAAAGUUCCGGAAGCAAUAGUGCGAGAUGUACUGAAUCAAAUAGAUUUGGUGGAUGUUUUCGUGGAUGUCACAAAUGGAACGGAGGCGAUUGCUAACACGGUUCGGGCUGCUGUUGACGGAACAUUGCUCAAGGGAGCCGAUCAUCCAUGGGUGCAUUGGAGUUUAGGUGGAGUCAAUGAAAGACGCUUAUCUUCUGGAAUGAAUUCGAAUGUAACACUUGCAGCGACUUUAAUGCAACUGAUGCUACCAGGAACAUCGAGCAUUUUCUAUGGAGAUGAAAUCGCUUUAGCAGAGGUACAUGAUCCAAAUAAGGAACAUGAAGAAACGCAACACUUGCAUCAGUUACCCGUAAUGAGUUGGAGUGGAAACCAAAAUCAAUUUACCGGACGAGGCACGUUACCGUGGCUGCCAAAGAGUUCCUCAGCAUCUUACCAUCAUCUGGAUAUUGUGCUUGAAAUGAUUGCGCUGAGGAAACGCUCGCCUUCGAUUUAUCUUAAUGCAGUAAUGAAAGAAGGCCAAAGCCUUCCUAAUGCGGAGGUCAAGUCGAGUAAAAAUGACAUUCUGGUUAUUCAGCGAUGGUAUCCGAGGAGGAAUUCUUUUGCAUCAAUAACAAAUUUCAGCUUAAAAAAUGUUUCCCUGGACUUGACCGCGAUGUUCUACAGUGGAGAAGUUGUGGCCGGUGCAUCCAUGAUGAAGGAGCGCGUUUAUUUCCAACAGUUCAACGUCAAAAGUUUGGAAACGACAGUUGUGAGAUUACAUAAAUAGACAACAGAACAGCAAUAUAGUGUUUGUUUUUGAUUCAUUUUGGAUUUUAUUUUCUGGAUUUUUUCUUAUAAAGAAGAAAAUUCAAAUAGUUUCUAACCUACUAGUAGCUUAUCUCGCUAGCCUGUUCUGUACAUAUGUCAACCUUAGCUGUGUUGUGUUGAGUAGAGAGAAUGUUAAUAAAAAACUAUUUAAAAUAUCUAUAGGAAAA